UUUUCUUAAUUUAAGUAAACUAGGUUUUUAUGUGUAUUUUUGCUCGAAAUUCUGCUUUUGUUGUUGUUCUUCAUCUUCUUAGUAACACGAUUUUUGUUGAGCAUAAUUUUGUUUUUGUUGAUUUCGAGUUUAGCUGAUUUUUGUGGAUUUUGAUUUCGAAUUAAUGCCUGUUAGGAAUGCGAAUAGCUAAAAUGCGAAUUGUGUGUGUGUGUUUGUGUUUGGAGUAGUUAAUUUGAAUUUUGAGUAAUUUGAAGUGUUUUUAGUGGAUUUGUGAGUGAAUUCGGGAGAGUUUGGAGUAGUUAAUUCGAAUUUUGAGUAAUUUGAAGUGUUUUUAGUGGAUUUGUGAGUGAAUUCGGGAGAGUUUGGAGUAGUUAAUUCGAAUUUUGAGUAAUUUGAAAUGUUUUUAGUGGAUUUGUGAGUGAAUUAGUGAGAGUUUGGAGUAGUUAAUUCGAAUUUUGAGUAAUUUGAAGUGUUUUUAGUGGAUUUGUGAGUGAAUUAGUGAGAGUUUGGAGACAUAAAUUAGCUACACUGGUUCCUGCUUCCACUUGGUGUCCAACUCGAUUUGUAUUUUCCCGUGUUCCGUUUGGUGUAGGCAACAGGAAUGGUCAUCAAUCUCUUGCUAAUGAUGAUCUGGAAUUGAGACCUGACCAACAUGGUGACAUGUUUGGAGAUGGACUAACUGCCUUGGUUGCAUUGGUGUUCCUUGAUGCUGUUGUGUUUCUCUCUUACAACCUGUCUUUUCUUAUUUGUGAUUUGAAGUGGUUUCAGCUGCAUCAAAUGUCAUUAGGUUCCUACAUGAAUUAUUUGCCUUUUGCACUUAGAUAAAUUUUCUGGUGUUUGUGAUAUUGAUGCAAAGACUCUUUCCACAUCAACCGUAGAAAGAAAGAAAGAAAGAAAGAAAGAACAUAAAGUAUGAAGAAUGCUUCCUGGUUUAAGAUACUGACUUUGAUUCUAUAUGUCCGAUUUUUGGUGUUGAGCAGAUUGCUUAAGCGACUAACCCAGGAGCUACAGACAUCUGGGGUGGAUUUGUGAUAGAUUGCUUCUGAUCAUGCUAAAUCGACAUCUACAUGACUUUCUUGACUGUUGAAAAGUGUACUUCUAGUCUGACAUAUGUGCAUGGUUAAUUUGACUUUGUACUGGAUUUUGCUUCAAAAUUUCUGAAUUAGGCCUGUUUUGAACUUGAAUCAAGGUAGCCAGAAUUCGAGGAUUUGGAUACCUUAGUUUGAUCUGAUUUUCACUGCCCUGACCUGACCUGAAUUGAUUUUUUUAUUCGUAAACAAAUUGGUUGUCAAAAGACAUAAAUAUGAAUAUGACCUGAACUUGUUCUAAACCAAACCAAAAUAAACUGAAUCUUUUUGGAGGGGUGUUGGACUAUGUUAUUUUUGAAGUUUUGUUUUAAAAAAAGGUCACUAUGCCAUAAAAAGAGGCAACUACUUUGGUUUCUUUUGUUUAUCUUUUCGUAUGUCUUGUUACAGGGUGCAACAAGGAUUUUCAUUCGAUUUGGAUUAGAUUUUAUUCCUAUGGUGAGAACUAGAGGUGGUGCUACUUUUAAAAAAAGGAGAGGCCUUCGUAGCUCAACAGGAGGAGUUAAAUUGAAAGAUACAGGAGCAUGUAUCAAUCUCGAUCAUGAAGAUGAAGAGCAUAUUGAUGGUGGAAGCAAAAUGAUCGAUGAUGAUACUAACAGAGAUAAAGAUGCUUGUAUUGAAAAAGGAUUGAAAAAGAAAGCUAUCACUAAGAAAAAGAAACCUUCUAACAUUGAGAAUGCUAUACCUUUGUCAACUGUGAUGGAAGGAAAGAAGGGGAAUGAGUCUUCUUCUUCACAUGCUAUUGUUUUGCCAGCUAAGAAGAGAAAGUUGGAUGAAAAUGAAGGUCUUAAAGUGAAGAAAGUGAAGGCAAAUAAGGAUAAGAACAUUGUGAUUCAUAGGCAAGAAUCUGCAAUCAUAGAUAGUGAUGUACAUAUGGUGCAACGAGGAUUUAAAACACGUUGCAGGCCAUUUCAUUUAGUAGAGAUGAUUAAAACUUUUUCAGAUGAUCAAAUCAAGGCUGUUAAAGAAAUUGGCUUUGGAGGUUUGUUAUCUUUGAAGGUGAAACGAACUGCAACUGAUAUGCUAUCAUGGUUGGUAGAUUGUUUUGAUCAUGGUAGCUGCAUGUUUACUAUUGAUGGUAAAAAAGAUUUUGUUGUGACUGAAUUUGAUGUGUAUGAUGUUUUUUGCCUUCCUUGCAAAACAUCUAAGAAAGUUGAAGAAAUUUCUCGUUGUGCUAAUGUCAUCAACCCUGAUUAUGAUUUAAAGGUUAAAUGGAGGUCUCAUUUUGGUCUUAUGGGUGAGAAUGAUCAGAUUCCUUUGGGUUUUUUGGAAUCUAAGAUCCCUUUACUAGUAGAUGGCGGGGAAGAAUUCAGACAGCUUUUUAUCAUGCAUGCUUUUUCAAGCUUUUUAGCACCUACGUCCAACAGAACUGUGGAUUUGAGAAUUGUAAAAUGUUUGGUUGAUGUUAAUCAAAUAAGAAUUUAUAAUUGGUCAAAAUAUGUCUUAGAUAGACUUUGUGAAGCCGUGAAGAGCUACAAAGAAGGAAAUAUAGAAUGGUUUUGUGGUUGUGUUUUGAUGUUAGAGAUUAUCUAUUUUCAUCGAUUGAGGUUUAGGAAUGUUGUGUUAAAUUCUACAAUACCUUUAAUUCAACAUUGGACUGAUGUGGAUAUAAGAGAUAGAAUUAGAAAUGAAAAGUUGUCCAAGGGUUUUGGGUGUGGAAUUCUUGAGUUUGAUACAUAUCCAGUGAGUGAGAAGUUGCAAUUUGAGGAUGGACAAGUUGUUUGUAAUCAAUUCAAGGAAGCUCCUGUGAAUCAAACUUCUGGAAAAGAAUCUGUUGUUUAUGAAGGUGUCCGUAGCAAUGUUAAGGGUGUUAUUCAGUUUGAGCUACCUGCCAGUUCAAUGUCUAAUGAGGAAAUCCGUUCAAUUGCUAUUGAUGUAAGUAUUUUACCCUUUAAUUCUGUCUGUCUGUUUGGUUUUUUCUUUUUUUUUUUUUUUUUUUUUUUUUUUUUUUUUGUCACAAAUUAUUUUAUUAAAUCUAAGUGCUACAUUUUUUUUUCACAGGAAGUUUAUGAGAAGUUUUUGCUCAUGAAAAGAGAUUUAGAAGUGGUAUCUAACUUCUACAUGAAUGAGUUGAAAGUGUUAUUUCAGACUCGUAAAUCUAAUGAUGCUUCAACUUCGACACCUCCAAUGUCCCAAACUGAUUUAUUCUUUAUGAAUCCUCGUGUUCAUGAAAUUGUUGAUGAGAUUGUGUCUCUUGUAAAUUGGGUAAGCAAAGUGCCUAAUGGUUUGGAUGAUGAUGAUAUUGAUGAUAAUGGUGCACCUGCAAAAGAGAUUAAUGUUGUAGUUGGUGAGGUUCCAAGGAUAGGUUUUGAGCAUGUUUUAUCAAAAUCAUUGCAAUAUCAAAAUCAUUGCAAGGAAUGAACAUCAAGAGUAGUGC